UGUAUUUCAAGCUGUUGGAGGGAAAAAAAAGGAAAUAAAGUAUAAAAACUUUAAACAUCAAGCAAACGACUUUGCUACGCGUAAAAAUAUUUAAAGUCUGGUGAGUUUGGUGCGAAAAAUGCAGAAAGAGCCAAAAGGCACUCCAAAAUCAGGACGAAUUCGAAGAGUUCAUGAUCAAAAUGUAUCGGAGAUUGCAGGAAAGACUGUAUUAGAUGUCACAUUAUCCAAUAUUUCAAAAAAUGGAACUACUUCUCGUAAUAGAACAACUAUGAUGCCAGGUGACAUUACACAUAAAAUGCUGAAAAAGAAGAUUACAGUAAACAGUAGGCAGUCAAUUAUGCCACCGCAUUUAUCAAAAAACUUAGACACUGAAUGUAGACAAAAGAAAGCAGAUACUGAAUGCAAAGAGGUAGAACUUGGACUUCUUUACGACGAAUAUUUACAAGCUAUGAUGAUGGAUCUCAUAAUAAAGAAAAAGACUGAAGAGAAAAAACAUUUGAUGGUCACACAAUUAGCCACUAUAGCACAGGAGAUUGACCAAGAUACAAAAAAAUUGAUGAAAAUCAAAUCAAGAGAACGUGAUAUAAUAAACUUAAGCUUAGCACAAAAAGAAGUAGAUGCGCAAUUAGCUGCAGUAACAGAAUGUACCAAACAUGAAACAUUUAAGAUUGCAAAAGAUAUGCUAUCCAAGCUACAAUUUUUUUUACAACCUAUGGACGUAUUGCGGUGUAAUGGUAUAAUACUUCCUAAAACACAAGAUGAAUGGGAAAAUACUCAAGAAAUAUUAACAAAAUGUACAAAUACCUUAAAGAGCAUCAUAAAUUUAAUUGGAUUGAAAGGCGAAGUGUAUUGCACUGUUAAUGAUGGAUUAAAAACUUUUGUUGAAAUAUAUAAUGAAAUAGAAAAUCUAAAGAAAAAAUUGGAAGAAACACUCUGCCAUUUACAAGUAAUAAUAUUGAAAAAUGCUACAUUUUCAUUAAUGCAUGCUGGAAAUCAAUAGAUUGAUGAGUUUGCAAAUAAUUUGAAGAAGAAAAAUAUAAGUAAGGUAAUAUUUGUAUAAUUUAUAAAUGAAUAAAAAAAUUUUUUACAUGUGUUUCAUAAAAAAUGUAUAUGUAAAACAUUCAAUAUGAUACGAUUUCAUUCACAUUGUAUGUAUGUAUGCGCGCGCGUUUCCGUUAAAUGUGAUUAAUUGUUAUCGCAAUAAAGUCUAUGCAUAUUGGAAUAUA